GACAUCUCAUCGACGCCUUCGGACGAGAUGAAGGCGCUGCUGUUUCUCUGCGUGGUGGCUGCGGCAACGAGCCAGCAUUAUGGAUUGGUGGACUUGCGGUAUGGGGGCAGCGAGUACCACUUUUCUUGGCGCCACGACGGAGGCCGGAAGUACCAGUGGGGUCCAGCUAACAGCUAUUGUUCCAGCCUCGGGUAUGGAUGGCAGGGAGUCAGCAUCGAGAGCUACCAGGAGGAUAAACUCAUCUCGAGCAUCAUCGGGCAAGACCGAGUAAAGUACAUCUGGACGGGAGGAUACCGCGACGGGUACCAGUGGUAUUGGCCCUCUGGUCUUCCCUUCUACGGCCUCAACUGGUCACACACAGGAGGCAAUGGCUACCCUCAGCCGACAACCGCGAGGGACGGCCGCGAGUUCUGCCUGGCGGUCCUCAACAACUUCUACAACGACGGGAUCCGCUGGCAUGACGUCGCCUGCCACCACGAGAAGCCCAUCGUGUGCGAGCGGCGCGUCGGGUUCUACGGCUGAGGCAGCUGGCGACGCCUGGCAACUCCGCGAUAAUCAAAAUAAAGUUACCAGAAAGCACUGGAUUGAAAAUUUUAAUAAAUUAUGUGUACAGGGUGUGAUGUACAUACGGUUUUAUAUAUAUCAUGAUUACAUGGAAAAUAAAGUCCCAUCCUAAAUAAUGAAAACGUGAAUGUG